CUUACUUAUGUCUUUUCAAUCUUAGGUUGUUCAUAUCACAUUUGGAAUUGGUCUAUGUAUGAAUGUUUGUUGCUGCAUAUCUGAGAAAUUGCAGCUAAACGUCUAGGCCUAUUCCAAUCCGCGAUAUAAUACAUUAAAAACAUAGAUUAUCCUUGUUUCUGUACUGCCAAGUACUCAUCUAGGCGCAUCUGGAGACAUGGCUGAAGGAACUGAACGCGAUCCCGGCCGAGUAUAUUACGUUGCAGGUGGCUUCCCUCAAUCUCGGCCGAUUCUCACGGGACCCGAUGCGAAAGAGACAUUCGACAAGAUCCCCAUCAUCGAUUUUGCAAAUCUACUCUUCCCUUCACUUGAAGCGCGCCAGAAACUCGCUAAAGAAGUUGGCCACGCAGCGGAGCAUGUUGGAUUCUUCUAUGCCAUAAACACCCCUGUGUCUAAUACAAAAAUCGACACAAUAUUCGACGUCAUUGCAAGAUUCUUCCAGCAACCCGAGGAAGAUAAGCUACAGAUCGAAUGCACGAAGAGUAAUGCUGCAAAGGGCUUCAUGCCGGCGCAGCAAACUGGUCCUCAUGGCGUUGUUCGAGAGUCCUUUUCAAUGGGCAAUGACUAUACGGAACCCGAACAAAAAGAGAUCAGUACUGCAAAAGAGGGUGCUGUUUCUCUAAAUCAGUGGCCAGAUGAAACUUUACCAGAAUUUCGGAAGGCAAUUUACGCAUACUACCACGAAAUGUAUCCUUUUGCAAAGAAGCUCGUUCAAAUCUUUGCCCUCGCCCUGGGUCUUCCCGAAUAUGCGUUAGAUCAAUACUGCUGUCUUCCCCUAACCGAUAUCACCAUGCAAUACUAUCCCGUUCAAUCGCACAAGACAGAACCAAUGGAACUCCUGUUCCCUCACGCCGACUUCGGGACCCUCACUCUCCUCCUCCAAAACGACGUCGCUGGACUAGAAGUUCUGAACGCGAACGGGAUCUGGAUCCCCGCCCCUCCCAUCCCGCAUUCUUUCGUGGUGAACACGGGAAAUUACGUCGAAGCGUGGACGAAUGGGAGAUGGCCGGCCACGGUACAUAGAGUACACGCCAGUCUGGAUAAACCUAGAUUCUCGCUUCCGUUCUUUUUGUCGCCUUCAUGUGAUGUUGUGUUGAGCCCGCUUCAGGAGCUGUUGAAGGAGAAUGAAACUCCGAGGUACGAGGAGCAGAAUAUUGGGCAGAGGCAUGUGAAAGCUAUGCUGGGGACAAGACCUUCGCACCCGAUGACCAAACGGUUGAGGGAAGCGCUCAAAGAAGAGGACUGGAGAUAUGAGAUCUUGAGUGAGCCUUCUUUGCUGGCAUAGAGUGAGUACAGCGGGAUGUCACGAAGGGACUGGUUUUCAGGCUACGGAAAUCGAUGCAGCUAGAGUACGAAUUUUUGCAGUAGCAAAACACAGGACGGGACUUUAUCAUGUAUUUUACAGUAUCUGAUCUUCAAGGAGUAUAACGAAUAACUUCAUCUCAUUGCCUGGGUGCCGAUACUCGCUAAGUUUUAGCGAGGAAGUGGGGCUUCCAUUCAGGGGUUCAAGGGGAGCAUAAAUGUUCGUCAUUGUUUAAUGAGAGUAGAACACUAUUUUCUAUAUCAAAUGAAGUCGGCAC